GUGUAUACUUAUAAAGUAUGUUCAUUACAUUAUUUUUGAUUGGUGUUCUUAUAUUUUUAAUAAGAUAUAUAGAACAAUUUCUCAGGUCAUUUUAUAUACCUGAUAUAGAAGAUAAGUAUGUUUUGAUAACAGGAUGCGACACAGGAUUUGGAAAUUUACUUGCAAAAAGUUUAGAUAAUAAAGGAAUAAAUGUUAUAGCAACUUGUCUAACUGAAGAUGGAGCUAAACAAUUAUCUGAAUGUUGUUCAAUGAAGUUAACAACUUACAUUCUAAAUGUUACUAAUGAAGAUGAAAUUGAUAACUUAAAGGAAAUGAUUACAAAAAAAGUUGGUGAUAAAGGUUUGCAUGCCUUAGUGAAUAAUGCAGGAAUCCUUGGAAAAGAUUUUGGUUCGCCAGAGACUUUAUUAAUGUCAGAUUUAACAGAAGUUUUAAAAGUAAAUACUGUUGGACCAGCAGUACUUUGUUUUAAAUUUCUUGAAUUGUUACAUAUGGGAAAAGGCAGAAUAAUAAAUAUGGGAUCAAUGGCUGGAAGAGUUCCAUCUGUAUAUUUCUUAUAUGGUAUUUCUAAAUAUUGUAUUGAGGGUUUAUCAAGCAUUUUAAGUUUUCAAUUGAAAAAAUAUGAUUGGAAUGUUUCUGUUCAUACAAUUGAACCUCAGCAUUUUUCAACUACCCUAUCUGUAAAUAGAGCUCUUGAAAAUAGUGUUAAAGAUGGAUAUAAAAGAGUAUCAAAAUUUACAAAAGAAAAAUAUCCAACUGAAAAUGAUUAUCUUAAUACUUUUUGGCGACAGCUUGGUAAAAUUCCAUUAAGUGAUAGAAUAGAUUACGUUACUGAUGCAUACGAACAUUCCAUUCUUUCAGUAUGGCCUAAAAAUAGAUAUUCAGUUGGUAAUUUGGCAAAAUAUGUUAUAGUUCCUCUGAGUUACUUUCCAACCAGCAUUUCCGAUGGAAUUUUAUGAAUUGAAAUAAAUAAAAAUAAUAAAAAAUAAGACCAAAUUUUCUAUUUUCAGUUUUCUCAACCUUAAUUACUAUGCAUAAAAGCAAUAGAACUCAUC